AUGCCCAAGCCGCCAAAGCCUGUUCGAUCCAUUACCGAAACAGAGAAGAACAGCACACACACUCGGACUAAGCUUGACAAAAUUUUGAAAUCAGGGGCUUUGAAGAUUUACAGCAAGGUGAAACAGCCAACUCAUUUCCUUAACUCUCUUUUCACCGCCAAAAAAUCCAAGAGCUCGUCCUCCGCCCAUGCUGUUCAAUCACCUUCUGGUAGGAGUGGAAAACGUGGUACUGAUCGGGUUAAAAAAACCGUUCGUUUCGACCCUGUGACUGUCAUUGUGGAUGAGAAUGGUCGCUCAUGCGGUCACAAAUGCUUGCACGAACCAGAAGAACAAGAAGUCGGCUCGACUCUAAUGCCUGUGAUUGCUCCUACUGCAUGGAAAAUCAAACGGUCGCAUAAAUUACAAGUGUCCGAGAGAACGCGACGAGUGGAGGAAGCAGCCAGAGAGGAAUUUAGGAGAUACUAUCGUCAAAUCCAGAGAGAUUUUCUUUGGGAUGACGAUGCAGUUUCCUGUUCAAGUUCGGAUCUUUUCAAGCUUGAAAUCUUGAGUAAAUAA